UGUCAAUCGGGGCUCAAUUGGAAAAGUGCCAAUGCAGCCAAUCACUUUGCAACUCCCUAUAUCAUGACGAAGCGUUCUCUCUCCCUACAAGAACACGCAAGAGAAAUAGAAAAGGUCGCUAGAGAAAUUGAAAAGACCGCGUCUGAGAUUGACAAUGUCGUAAAGAAAAUAGAGAUAAAAGAGGCGAAGGAAGACGACCUCGAGCGUCGCGCGGGGAAGAUCGACGAGGAGCUCUGCGACGUGCAGGCUAAGCUCGCAAACCCAGCUCUCAGUGAGGGGGAGAAAGCUGGGCUGCUGGUGGUCAAGGAGCAGCGACUCGCCUCGAAGCAAGAAUUGGACAAGCAGCUGGACGCAGUGCGCGAUGUGUUGCGCCAGCUGCGCAAGAACCUGGAGCAGCUGCGCGAUAAGGAGCUCCUGCUGCUCAAGGAGGAGAAGGAUCUGCGAGCGGAGCAAGCGCACUCGAACGCCAAGGCCGCGGACGGUCCCAACUGCAGCAGCAGCAGCUCGAGGAGUUGCCAGAGCCCUCGGACAUGGCCUACAGCGAUCAGUGGUCGCAAGCAGAGAACCACGCCUUCUUCCGGUGCUUUCGGCCAACCGCUGGCGUUGGGUCGACCAGAGCUCUGCCGGUGGCGCUGUACGACCCAGUUCUAGAUAAGCUGGUGGCGUUGUUCGGCGCGGCGCUGAAGGGCGUUGGUGUUGGCGGCGACGACGGCAGCAGCGGUGGCGGCGGCGGUAGCAGCGGCGGCUGCGGCAGCAGCAGUGGUGGCGGCGGCGCUGACAGCGUGCCCCCAUCAAACGCGGACUGCGAGAUGGCGAGCAGGCUGUGCGCGGCCAUGGCCAAGAGCUUUGCCGACGAGGAGGCGCGCAUGGCAGAAUUCAGCGAAUUGCUCCAAGAUUACCUCGGCGAGUGCAUCGAGCCCCACCAUCCGAUCCGCGGCCUGGGGUUUGAGACCGACGGGAGCUUGCUCUGCCGGGCCGGCGGGCCAGCGUCUUCAAAGAGGCUACCUGUGUACAUCCAGCAGGUCAAGUUGGAGAUUGGCACAGAGGGCGACCCCUACUUCCAAGGCCAGCGCUACUACCAGCUGUACCUGGCGAAUCCCGAGGUGGCCGCGCUGGUGCAGGGCACGGUGCUGCCUGUGCUGUUCGUGGAGCUGGUGGGGCCGUACCUCCGCGUGUCGGCGCUGGCGUCUCCGGCGGACGUUACCGUGGUGUGCGAGCCGCUGACGCCCUACCUGCACCUGUUCAGCAUGCACCGGCACCGGCCGGACCACAUGAUCUGCGUGGCGCUCGUGCUGCGGGCGCUCAAGAUCGGCAUCGGGCUUCUGAAGAACGCGUGCGGCCAGCUGCAGCAGCCCAUUGCUGCCUCGCCCGCGGCGGCGUGCUCAGCCUCGGCCUCGGCUUCUUCGGCUUCUUCGGCGGGGCCGUCGCCAGGGGCGUCAUCAUCGUCUGCGGCGUCGGCAGGCGGGGAGGCCGCGGCGACGGCGGUGCCGCGCGUGGCAGUGCCGCUGCGCGACCCGUCCCUGCAGCUGCCGUACCCGCUGCGCCCGGAGAAGGGCUUCCGGGACGUGCAGCCUGUUGGAGCUGGCGUGUACAACCCGCUGUACUUCGCUGUGUACGAGGACAGGGCCGUGGCAGUGAAGUUUGCCCACAUGAGCGCGGACGCGAUCCGUGUGCACCGCGCCUGGGCGGCGGCUGACUUGGCGCCGAAGGUGGUGCUGGAGAAGCGGCUGCCGUGCGGCCUGGUGAUGCUGGUGAUGGAGCAGCUGGCGCCCGCGGACGGCUGGGUCAUGUUCUACAGCUUGCCGCCCGAUCUGAAGGAGCAGCUGAACGGCGCAGUGGUGGCGGCGCUGGGCCGGGCGCACACCAUCGUCGUGGACCGCGGCCUCCCGGGCGUACAUGCCGACCUGCGGCAGGCCAACGUCAUGGUGCAGCUGCCGCGCGCGGACACGGCGGCGGGCAGCGGCGGCGGCGGCAGGGGAGCUGGAGGCGGCGGCGGCGAGGUGGCGGUGGGCAGCGGCAUGGGCGGCAGCGAUGGCGGUGGGGAGGACGCGGCGGGCGGCGUCAGCAGCAGCAGCAGCGAGCCCCAGGUCCAGGUCAGGUUCGUGGACUUUGACUGGAGCGGUCUGCAGGGCCACACGCGGCUGCCGGCCUUCAGCCGCAUGCGGCUUCCGGGGUACGGGUGCGGCUGCCAGGUGACGCAGGAGUACGACAUGACCCUGUGGGAGUACGAGCGGGUGUUUGGACCCGCGUAGUGUUUGUGGUGUAGGUCGGGGCUGGACUGGCGGCAACUUGGCAUGCACUGCUGGCGGCGGUAGGCAGCGGCGGAAUGGAAAGGUGCACUUCACGACUCAAGUAAGCGUGCACAUACACCGCUACCAGGGGAAGAUAACUUUGCAGUUAGUGAGAGUGAGUUGCGAAAUGCUGGAAGCUACUAGGAGCCUUCCUGCUGGUUGGUUGACCAAAAGUUGUUAGCACAAUGGUGCUCCGUUUGGGCUAUGCAUGUUAAGCGUAGAUAUUUCGGUACGAAAAGGCGGUUUCUGGGACGAGGUACGAUACUUCUUUUGGCUAUAUGCGUUCUAAGUAUUGUGUCACGGCUAAUCCGCCGUGUUGUGAUGAUGCCACUUCUGUAAGGAAGUAUGACUGAAGAAGUAGGUUUCUUGCUAGCUGCCGUGGUGCGUGGAAGCAGAUGGCGCGCUUGCAUGGGUGUACGACAGCGAUGGCAAAUCGACCCAGCCUAUCAGGGCUGCCCACGCGUUUGUGCUUUCAACUGCCGUUGUGAUUGAUAGUAUCGGGUGGCCAUCCCUCUGCCGGGAUUGUGGCCGCCUAGGUCCCGCCCACCCGCCCGAGGUCGCGCCUAGCGAGUGGGGGUUUGCUUGCGUUUCGUCUCGAGUAGGACAACUAGUUUGGAGGGGCUCUUAGAAGCCGGUCCCUCAAUUAAGGGGGUCAAUCGGCAAUCGAGGUGCAACACUGGGUGCUGUCAGCACAAUCGGCCACUAGUGCAUCUUUAACAUGGGUUGGGGCGUCGGGAUGUGUGGGUCAGGGUUAGGGUUCUUGGUGUGGAGGCGACGUACGGCUGGUUGGCUUCGGCUUACAUUAUCUGCUGUAACGCAUCACGGCAGCUAAAGCAAGAAACUCAUAGGUACUAUCUUGUUGCUUAUUAAGUACCCGCCCGCCUUCCCCGUCCGCGGCCCCGCCGGUUCUCCGCCGGGCCGCCACAGUUUUUUUCCGUCAAUUGUGUUCUUCCGGUAGUUCGUGGCCUUGAGUGUUGCAACCGGCCAUUGGUGCAAAUAGUAAAACCUGACUGACAUGGUUACGUUGCCGUUUUCUCUGGGGCAGGGCGCAGGUUUUGUAGGGCCAAGCCGAGUAGCGGGGCGGCCAGGGUUCGGGAAUGUUGUUUACGCCAAGCCGAGUAGCGGGGCGGCGAGCUAGUAGUGGUGAUGAGGUUAGCGGUUGAGAGGAGGUUGCCGGAGGUUGCCGGUGUAUCGCCGCUGGCGCCGUCAUUAGGUUAAACAUUGUACCGAGUACAAGAAAUUGGACGAAGGCUGAUGACUGCGUCCCUGCUGACAAAGGAAGCUAUUGUAGUUUCAAAAGGGGGGAUCAGCGACUCAGUAUGUCUCUUGUACGGCAGCAUGCCUCCUGUACGGCG